GCCAUGGGGAGCACAUUCACGCUAUUUCUAGCUGCUGCUUUCUUUUUCUUUAAAGGUUGCAGUUGUUCAGAAGCAGAGCACAGGCUGUUCGCAGCCUUGUUUGCCAACUACAAUCAGUUUAUCAGACCAGUGGAGAACGUGUCAGACCCUGCCAUCAUUCAGUUUGAGGUGUCCAUGUCCCAGCUAGUGAAGGUGGAUGAAGUGAACCAGAUAAUGGAGACCAACUUGUGGCUGAAACAUAUCUGGAAUGAUUACAAACUUAAGUGGAAUCCAGAGGAAUAUGGAGGUGCUGAGUUUAUUCGAGUCCCAUCUGAUAGGAUCUGGAAGCCAGACAUUGUCUUAUAUAACAAUGCAGUUGGGGACUUCCAAGUUGAUGACAAGACAAAGGCCUUAUUGAAAUACACAGGAGAAGUGACCUGGAUACCUCCAGCUAUUUUUAAAAGUUCAUGUAAAAUAGAUGUAACCUACUUUCCAUUUGACUACCAAAACUGCACCAUGAAGUUUGGUUCCUGGUCUUACGAUAAAGCUAAAAUUGACUUAGUUUUAAUUGGCUCUACAAUGAACCUCAAAGACUACUGGGAGAGUGGAGAAUGGGCUAUUAUUAAAGCUCCUGGAUAUAAACAUGACAUUAAGUACAACUGUUGUGAAGAGAUAUAUCCAGAUAUCACCUAUUCUCUUUAUAUUAGGCGCCUGCCUUUAUUUUAUACCAUCAACAUGAUUAUCCCAUGUCUGUUGAUUUCUUUCUUAACUGUCUUGGUGUUCUACUUGCCUUCAGACUGUGGUGAGAAGGUGACACUAUGCAUAUCAGUCCUUUUAUCCUUAACUGUAUUUCUCCUAGUGAUCACAGAGACCAUCCCUUCUACCUCUUUGGUGAUCCCACUUAUUGGAGAAUACCUCCUCUUCACCAUGAUAUUUGUAACUCUUUCCAUUGUCAUUACUGUGUUUGUACUUAAUGUACACUAUAGAACACCCAAGACACACACGAUGCCUGAGUGGGUGAAGACCAUUUUCUUGAACUUACUUCCCAAGAUCAUGUUUAUGACCAGGCCUGCCAGUGAUGAAGAGAAUAAUCAGAAGCCAAAGCCACUUUACAGUGCUGAGCUCUCAGACUUAAAUUGCUUCAGCAGCUCUGAAACCAAAUGCUGCAAAGAUGGCUUCAUAUGUCAAGAUAUAACAUGCAGCUGUUGUCGGUAUCAACGAAUAAAGUUUUCUGACUUCAGUGGCAAUCUUACAAGGAGUACAAGCUAUGACUCGGUAGAUGCUCUGCUUUCAUUUUCAGCUUUGUCACCAGAAAUGAGAGAUGCCAUUGAAAGUGUCAAAUACAUUGCAGAGAAUAUGAAAAUGCAGAAUGAAGCUAAAGAGAUUCAGGAUGAUUGGAAGUAUGUUGCCAUGGUAAUUGAUCGCAUUUUUCUUUGGGUUUUUAUUCUGGUAUGUAUUCUAGGAACAGCAGGAUUGUUCUUACAACCAUUGAUGGCUGGAGAUGAAAUGUAG